GGGGGAAAGAGUCGGUGGGAAGAGGACAGUGAGGAACGGAACAAAACAGAGGAGCUCCAGGAUGAAAUUCAUCUCUGCUUAUUACUUGCUGCCUCUCUUUCCUGCACUGGUCUUCAGCGCUAGACAGGGCUAUGAAGAACUGGAAAGACAGCUGAAAGAAGUCUUUAAGGAAAGGAGCAAUAUCCUUCGUCAACUCUCGAAGACUUCUAAAGAACUCGAGGGAAUUAAAGUAAACCUCCAGUCUUUGAAAAAUGAUGAAGCAUCAGCCAAAAAUGAUGUGCAGAAACUUCUGGAACUGGGCCAAAAGCAAAGGGAAGAAAUGAAAUCUCUCCAGGAGGCCUUUCAAAAGCAGCUUAAUGAGGCAGCUGAAAAAGCAGAAAAGCAGCAGGCUACCAUUAACUUUUUGAAGACUGAAAUGGAAAGGAAGAGCAAAAUGAUCCGUGACCUCCAAAAUGAGAACAAAAGCCUCAAAAACAAGCUCUUGUCAGGAAACAAGCUUUGUGGUAUUCAUGCGGAAGAGUCAAAGAAGAUCCAAGCCCAGCUGAAAGAGCUUCGUUAUGGGAAAAAGGAUUUGAUUUUUAAGGCACAACAGCUAACAGAUCUGGAGCAAAAACUAGCAGUUGCAAAAGAUGAAUUGGAAAAGGCAGCCCUUGACAAAGAGUCACAGCUGAAAGCUCUGAAGGAGACCGUGCAGCUUUGCCUGUCUUCCGUUCUGCACAAUCAGCCUCCCGCUAUGAAUCUAAUCCCUUCAAAACCAGCUGAGAAGCUGACAACCCUAGUUACAAAGGGCUCAAAAGUUCCAUUUCAAGUGACAAGCACCAAGCAAAAUGCCUCAGCAGAGAAGGAGAACCUUCAUGUGGCCUCAAGAAAGGAAGAAAAUCAGAGCAUCCAGGAGUGCGAUUCUCAAGAUGUUGGCAAGACAUGUUUGGGGAAUCGCAAUAAUUCAACAUCUCGUUUGAAGACAGCAGAAACAGAUACAAGCUUUCAGCAGAAGUUGCACAGCCCUCCGUGGACUAAACCUGAAGAUAAAAAAUCACCUGAAAGAAAUGAGAAAAAAAUUGAAGAGUCUGUUAGUACAAAAGAAAAAAAACUCUAAGCACUACUAAUCUACACUAAAAAUGCCCAUCACUUGCUUCCAUCUUC